GAUUGAAGCAUCGUUAACAACAGCAGCGCAAUGCGUAAGGCAACUCUUAUCGUCUGUUUAAUGCUCGCCAGCUGCUGCUGGAUGGGUCAGGCAUAUCCACAGAGUGCAGAUGCCACAACAACCACAUCCACCACAGCUAGUCCCGAGCAGAAGACUGAGGACAGCAGCAGCUCAACAACAACAACGACAACAACAACGACAGUUGCACCAAGCACCCAAGCAGCUGACUCGACAACAAGCAGCACAACAACUACCGCUGCACCUGACACUGCUGAAAGCAGCACUACUCCGAGCACUACCCCCAGCACUACUCCGAAUACUACUCCCAGCACUACUCCCGCUACUACCCCCAGCACUACUCCCAGCACUACUCCAGCUUCUACCACAGCGGCGAGCAAAGAGAGCCAAGCAUCGAGCACUACACCAGCUUCUGCUUCGACUUCGUCUGAUGCCGAGCUGCAACAGUUGCUGCAAAAGUGCGAGCAGCUGCGUCACCGCAAGAAGCGGGACAGCUCCUCGUCGGAGGAGGAUGACGACAGCUCGGAGCACAAGUCGCAGAAGAAGGAGCGCAAGAAGCUGAAGAAGAUGUGCAAGCGCCUGAAGAAACAGCAACAGGAGCGCAAGGGAGAUCAGGACCUCAAGGAGUUGGCCGACAGCUUCCGUGCUUACAAUGCGCGUCAGAGCGAGAGUCAAAAGAAAAAUUAAGCCAAACUAUUUUCUUUUCUUUUUUUUUUCCUUGUGUAAACCUUUUUUUUUUUAU